CUGUCCGCAGUCUCUGGUCAUCCCUGUGCUGUCCGCAGUCUCUGGUCAUCCCUGCUGUGUCCGCAGUCUCUGGUCAUCCCUGUGCUGUCCGCAGUCUCUGGUCAUCCCUGUGCUGUCCGCAGUCUCUGGUCAUCCCUGUGCUGUCCGCAGUCUCUGUCUCUGGUCAUCCCUGUGCUGUCCGCAGUCUCUGUCAUCCCUGUGCUGUCCGCAGUCUCUGGUCAUCCCUGUGCUGUCCGCAGUCUCUGGUCAUCUCCUGUACUAUGUCUGCAGUCUCUGGUCAUCUCCUGUACUGUGUCCGCAGUCUCUGGUCAUCUCCUGUACUGUGUCCGCAGUCUGUGGUCAUCUCCUGUACUGUGUCCGCAGUCUGUGGUCAUCUCCUGUACUAUGUCUGCAGUCUCUGGUCAUCUCCUGUACUGUGUCCGCAGUCUGUGGUCAUCUCCUGUACUAUGUCUGCAGUCUCUGGUCAUCCCCUGUACUGUGUCUGCAGUC